CUCUGACUGUGUGCUUCUGUGCUUGUGUGUGACUAAAUGUGAGAAAGACACUUGUGAUUUUUCACCCAGAGUGAUGAGCUUUUGAUGAUUUUGUUGAGCCUGAAUGUUGAGAAAAAUCCCCCAUGAAAUGAUGCCAGUUCCGGAUAUAAUUAGCCUGAAGAAUUAGUUGGUUAGGAAGAAGCUCAGUGGUUGAAGGCUUGCGUUGAGAACUCAAAAAAAAAACAGUUGAUAACUCCUGAUAUAGACAUGAAAGUCAACCGCGGAGCAACAUGAGCAGAACCACCGAGAAGAUUGUCUAAUAAAGUCGCAUUAGGCAAGUUGGAGUGCUUGCGCGGCGCGGCGCGAAGGGAAAGAAGGGUUACAAUCUGCAAAUAUGACGAAUGAUGAGGCGAUGAAUGGCCCCGGGCAGGAGGGCAAGGCGUCCGUGUCCGAGGACACGGGUGAGGCGCAUCCCACGCCCGCUAAGGAGAGUGAUCCGCUUCAGCCCAAGAUGGUCAACACGAGCAAAGAGCGCGUCCUCGUUGUCUCGCUGACGCCGGAGAAUGGACGCGAGACGUGGGGCCAGAAGGCGGAGUUCCUGCUGGCCGUGGUGGGCUUCGCAGUGGAUCUGGGCAACGUGUGGCGCUUCCCCUACAUUUGCUACCAGAACGGCGGCGGAGCCUUCCUCAUUCCCUACUGCAUCAUGCUGCUCCUGGGCGGGCUGCCGCUCUUCUACAUGGAGCUGGCCCUGGGCCAGUUCCAUCGCUGCGGCUGCCUCAGCAUCUGGAAGCGGAUCUGCCCGGCGCUCAAAGGUGUCGGCUACGCAAUCUGCUUUAUUGACAUUUACAUGGGGAUGUACUACAACACCAUCAUCGGCUGGGCCGUUUACUACCUGUUCGCAUCGUUCAGCUCAGAAUUGCCAUGGACGUCGUGCGGCAAUGAGUGGAACACGCUGAACUGUGCACGCGUCACCAACACCAGCAUUGCCAACGGCACGAGUCCGGCCAGGGAGUUCUUCGAGCGCAAAGUCCUGGAGCAGCACAAAUCCGACGGGAUGUCGUACAUGGGCCCAGUGAAGCCAUCGCUGGCGCUCUGUGUCUUCGGUGUCUUCGUUCUGGUGUACUUCUCCCUGUGGAAGGGCGUCCGGAGUGCCGGAAAGGUGGUCUGGGUGACCGCUCUGGCGCCAUACGUCGUCCUGCUGAUCCUCCUGGCGCGCGGCGUGACUCUGCCCGGUGCCGCGGACGGGAUCCAGUACUAUCUGACGCCGGAGUGGCACAAGCUGAAGAACUCACGCGUGUGGAUCGACGCAGCGUCGCAGAUUUUCUUCUCCCUCGGCCCAGGAUUCGGCACCUUGCUGGCGCUCUCGAGCUACAACAAGUUCAACAACAACUGCUACCGCGACGCCCUGCUCACCAGCAGCAUCAACUGCCUGACCAGCUUCCUGGCGGGCUUCGUCAUCUUCUCGGUGCUGGGCUACAUGGCGCACGUGCAGAACAAGUCCAUCGACCAGGUGGGACUCGAGGGUCCGGGGCUGGUGUUCAUCGUCUAUCCGGAGGCGAUCGCGAUGAUGAGUGGCUCUGUAUUCUGGUCCAUCAUCUUCUUCCUCAUGCUGAUCACGCUGGGCUUGGACAGCACUUUUGGCGGCCUGGAGGCCAUGAUCACGGCCCUGUGCGACGAAUAUCCGCGCACCAUCGGCCGGAAGAGGGAGUUCUUCGUGCUGAUCCUGCUCGUGGCCAUUUACCUGUGUGCUCUGCCCACCAUGACCUAUGGUGGCGUCUACCUCGUGAACUUCCUCAACGUCUACGGCCCUGGCCUGGCCAUUCUCUUUGUCGUGUUCAUCGAGGCGGCCGGAGUGUUUUGGUUCUACGGCGUCGACAAUUUCUCCGCCGACGUGAAGCAGAUGCUUGGCCAUCGCCCAGGGAUUUUCUGGCGUAUCUGCUGGUUCUACAUUAGUCCCGUCUUUCUGCUGGUGAUAUUCAUCUUCUCUUUUCUGGGCUACGAGGAUAUGCUUGGCACGGAGUACGCCUAUCCGGACUGGACCAUUGUGGUGGGAUGGGCACUCACGGCGUCCUCAGUCCUCUGUAUUCCCAUCUACAUGAUUUACAAGUUCCUCCGGACGCCCGGAGGAUUCUAUCGCCGCCUACGGCACAUAUUCAAGCCUGAGCCGGUGAUUCAGAGCGCCGUGCCCGGCCAGGUGGGCACCUCGGUGUGACAUGAUGGCGCCGAGUCCCGGAAUGCGUGCUCAAUGCUUCGCUUCGACCAGCCGGAGGCGUUUUCACCAACAAUCCCACGCACGUGUGUCCGAUUUGCUACGUUCGCAGACAAUAAGCGCGAUGAGUGUCCGCCGGCGGCCAAGGGGCGCUCCAACGGGGCGCAGUUGCGGUGCAUCGGCCUCGCGGAUGAAUAUCCGGUGUCGCUGUCCUUCGCCACGGAAUGGCUUGUGUAACCGUGUUGAUUGUUUUCCAUUCAGUGUUUGACAAAAUGGGGUUUGUGGGGCUGAAAGCGGGGUUUAUUUUUGUCGUGGCUUCGAAACCACUUGGGCAGGAGUGUGUGUGUGGAGGAAAUUGAGGACUUCCCUUACUAGAAUUUAAAGCCAAUUGGCUUUCCUACGUGAAAGUAUUAGCAAAAUAGUGAUUUUCUCAUUUGCAAAAAAUCAGCCAUAUUUGCAAGUGAGAAAUUCGUCUUUGGAAAGAAAAAAUUUGUCAGAAUUUUAUUGGCGGAUCAUUCACUCUAAAUACAAAGAGAGAGGAAAUCCGACAGAAAGUAUGUUGUAGUGUCUAUUUAGAGAUUUUAUCAUGCCAAAGAGCAAAUAAGUAAAAUGAAUUAGAAGAAAAAAGGGAAAUCCAGUGUCUAGCAAAGAAUUACCGAAUAAAUGUAUGAUAGUGUUGAUCGCCUUGAAGAAUCAUCGGAUUGUGCUAAAAGUAAUUGUUGAGUAAUUUAUAAUAUUAGUAGGAAAGAAAGGGCAAGAUAAUGUGGGCGCAAUUGUGAUCCUCUGUGCAGCGCAAUAAAGUGAAUUUCCCGAGUGGAAAUCCCAUCAAACAGCCAUUGAAGGGAUUUCCCUCAAGGGCUAAAUUCAAUUCACAGUUGAAGUUCUGUUGGUAAACUUAUUUUUUAUGCAAAUUGUACACUAUUUUUUUUGUCAAUAUAAUUUACAAUUUCAAAGUAAUUAUAUUAGUUUACUGAUCUUAAUAAAUCCUUUUAUUUUACACAUUUUA